AUGCACAAAAAAACCACAGGAACUGAAACGAAAGCUCCCAACCGCUUCAAACUCUCCGAUCUACCAGCAGUGGCCGAAAMCAACAAUUUCGAGGAGUUCUGUGGCUCCCGAGCUCACAUUUUCCCUGCUAGUCCAAGCAUGAAUAGUGUGAAUAGCUCAGAGGGUCUCUGGCUACAAAGAUUUGCAAAUCGGAAACCUGUGAGAAAACCCCAUCGGCAACAGCCUUGGAAGGCACCUGAUCAAAGUCGAGACACCAUUGCUUCUGUUCAGUGCAUCUUGGACAGAGAAAAUUGUUUUGUGAGGGAGAUGGACAGAUAUUUGAGGCACAGGGAUUUCCUAGAUCUGAGAAGGACUGAGAUCCUGCACAAAAAAUAUACUGAGGAUGUUUCAGAGCCAUUUAUGAAGAAAAUGAAGGACCGAAUAGACAGCCAGUCAGAGAAAGAAGUGCACAAAAGGAAACAAGAACAAUUCUCUCAAUAUUUAAACUACUGUACAAAGAAGGACUAUCUGUUUUUGGAUCAUUAUGACCCAUCAGAGUACGAUCCAUACUUCCAGAAGACGUCUGCAGACUGCCGGAAGGUGUGAGGAGRUUUGGAGUCCCACUUAGACCAGCAGGAA